GGGGGGGGAUUGAGAGAAGGGCGCGCUCGCUCGCUCUGCUCCAGGUAGCGCCGCUUGAGAGGAAGGCUGGGCUGCUGCGCUCCUUCCGAGGCGCGCUUUGUGUUUCCUCAGAGAGAAAGGAAACUUUCCGAAGGUCCUUUAUUUAGUCCUCCUCCUGGGACCCUGAGACAGAGCCUCGUCCUGUGUCUAGAAGACAGAGAAGAAGAAGGAGAAGAAGAAGAAGAAGGGAUUAAAGCGGGGUUUGGAGCCCUGUGCGCCCUGACCGACUUUUGCGCCCAGCAGGUUGUUGUUGGCGACGGGCGCCUCCUCUCCCCUUCCCUGCCUCCUUCUUUCUCUCUUUCUCCCGCCGAAGGAAGGAGGGAGGGGAGUUGCUUCCUCAGCCAGGCAUCUCUCUCUCCCACCCCCCACCCCCCCAGAAUGGGCUGCUCCCCCCCGCCUUUGUUUCCCGACUGAGCCCAGGAGGGCACAACAAAAGCCAGCCCAGCCAGCCAGCCAGCCGCGCGCCUGCCUCCUCUCUCUCCCUCCCUCUCCCCUCAGCAGCAACAUGGAUGUGACCAUUUCCGAACUCAUGGAGCUCUUCCUCCACAGCCCGUUGGUGACCUGGGUGAAAACAUUUGGGCCAUUAGGGAAUGAGAACGAGGACAAGCUCAGCAUGUAUAUGGAUCUAGUAGACGGUGUCUUCUUGAACAAGAUAAUGUUGCAAAUAGAUCCACGGCCAACAAACCAGCGUGUCAACGAACAUGUCAACAAUGAUGUCAACCUCCGGAUUCAGAACCUCACUAUCUUGAUCAGAAAUAUCAAAACUUAUUAUCAGGAAGUCCUCCAACAACUGAUUAUAAUGAGUUUGCCAAAUGUCUUGAUAGUUGGCAAAGAUCCUCUGUCUGGUAAAAGUAUGGAUGAAAUUAAGAAACUGCUGUUGCUGGUCUUGGGUUGUGCUGUACAGUGUGAAAGGAAGGAAGAGUACAUCGGAAGAAUAAAACAGCUUGAUAUUGAAACUCAGGCUUCGAUUGUCUCACACAUUCAAGAGGUAACACAUAACCAGGAGAAUGUAUUUGACCUGCAGUGGCUGGAGCUGCCAGAUGUGGCCCCUGAAGAACUGGACUCCUUGUCCAGAAGCAUGGUUUUCCACCUAAAGAGGCUGAUUGACGAGAGAGAUGAGUGCACAGAACUCGUUGUUGAUCUCACUCAGGAGAGAGAUUACCUCCAAUCACAACAGCCUCCAAGCCCUCUGAAAACAUCAAGCCCAACCUCUUCCCCAAACCCAGCUAGCCGCCUCUCCAAUGAGGACAAACAGCAUCUGUCUGUGGAGCUUGCAGACACAAAGGCUAAACUAAGAAGGAUCAGGCAGGAGCUGGAAGAAAAAUCAGAGCAACUUGUUGAUACAAGACAUGAAGUCGAUCAGUUAGUCUUGGAAUUGCAGAAGAUAAAGCAAGAGAACAUAAAUCUCAUGGCAGAUGCUCGCUCUGCUCGAGCCUACAGAGACGAAUUGGAUUCCUUAAGAGAAAAAGCAAACAGAGUAGAGAGACUAGAGAUGGAGCUGGUCCGGUGUAAGGAGAAGCUGCAUGACGUGGAUUUCUACAAAGCACGCAUGGAGGAACUUAGGGAAGACAAUAUCAUAUUAAUCGAAACCAAGACAAUGCUAGAAGAACAGUUGAUGAUUUCAAGAGCCCGUGGUGACAAGUUACAUGAACUUGAAAAAGAAAACUUGCAGCUGAAAUCAAAACUUCACGACAUAGAACUGGACAGAGAUACAGACAAAAAGAGAAUUGAAGAGCUGCUGGAAGAGAAUAUGGUGCUGGAGAUUGCACAGAAACAAAGCAUGAAUGAGUCAGUUCACUUGGGCAGAGAACUGGAGCAGCUGUCAAAGAGCACCGAUCUCUCAGACACAAGGAAGUCUUUUGUCUUUGAACUGAACGAAUGUGCAUCAAGUCGCAUUUUGAAGCUUGAGAAGGAUAACCAGAGCUUGCAGAAUAUCAUCCAGGAUCUCAGGGAUGCAUCUGUAACCACUGAAGAGAACAGUAUUAAAUUUGUGGAACUGCAAAAUGAGAAUCAACAGCUUGGACAAAAGAUUGAGAAACUACAGAACCAGAUUGAAAAAGAGAGACAAAGUAACCAAGACUUGGAGACUUUAAGCGAGGAACUCCUAAAAGAGAAGGAGGAGCUUCAGGGCAUGAUGGAGACCUUGAAGGCGGACAAAGAAAGACAGAUAAAAGAUCUAGAAAAAGAAACUGAUCAUCUCAAUCAAGUGGUUUUAUCUCUGAGGCAGAGGUCUCAAGUCAGUAGUGAGGCAAGAAUAAAAGACAUUGAAAUGGAAAACAAAGUACUCCAUGAAGCAGUUACAGAGACUAGCAGUAAACUCAGCAAGCUGGAAUUUGAGAAGAAGCGACUACAGAAGGAUUUUGAGCAAGUGAAGAAAAAAGUAGAGAGAGUUGAAGAAAUGGAUAAAGAGCUUCAUGAGUUGGAGAGAGAGAAUGAGCAACUCACCAAAAAGGUUGCCGCCAUGAAAAUUACUGCAGAGAAAGCAGAGGUUCUGGAACAAGAAAAUUGUGAUUUGGAAAUAGAGAACAGAAAGCUGAAAAAAUCUUUAGAUACCUUACACAAUGUUUCUGUCCGAUUGGAAACCUUAGAGAAGGACAACAAGAAGCUAGAUGAAGAGAACCUGGAACUUAGGCGAAUGGUAGAGACAAUGAAAUUUACUAGUGCAAAAAUAGUCCAGAUAGAAGCAGAAAAUAAAGAAUUGGAAAGGGAAAAGGAAGAACUUCAGAAAAAUGUAGAGAUGUUAAAAGUUUUGAUCAAGAAAUCGGAAAGACUGGAGUUGAGUUACCAGAGUGUGAAUGCGGAGAACCAAAGGCUCCAGCAGAUUCUAGAGAACAAUGGCAGGAAAAUCCAGCAGUUGGAGAAAGAGCUCCAAGGUGCUGAGAGUGAAAAUCAAACUCUUCAGAGAAAUUUAGAGGAGUUCAGGAUCUCAAAUAAGAGGAUGGAAUGCCUGGAAAAGGAAAAGAAACUGUUGGAGCAAGAAGUGUCCCAGUUAGAUAAAGACAAGAAAAUUCUGGAGCGAGAGGCAAAAAGGCUUUGGCAGCAGGUAGAGCUGAAAGAUGCAAAUUUGGAUGACAACACUGUCAAAUUGACAGCAAUGGAGAAGGAAAACAGAAUACUAGAGAGAGAACUCUCUAGGUUCAAAGACUCAUCAAAUAAGAUGAAAGAAUUUGAAAAGGACAAUAAAGAUCUCCUAAAGCAAGUUACCAUCGAUAAGAGAACACUAUCAACGUUGAGAGAGGAUUUGGUUCUUGAGAAAUUAAAGAGCCAAAGAUUGUCAAAUGAAAUGGACAAGCUUGAACAAGAGCUAGAGAAGAUUGGAUUGAAUAAAGAGCUACUGCUACAGGAUGAUAACACCAGCAAUGACAAGAAAUAUCAGAUUUUGGAAAGCAAAACUGGAUCUGCUCUAAAGACAGCACUAACUUACAAAGAAGAGAAAAUUGUUUUAUUGGAGGCUCAACUGCAAGACUUCACUAACUUAAAUCAGCACCUACAGAAUGAAUUAAAUAUGAUGAGGAAGGACUUUGAAAGUCUGAAGCAGAAGCAAGCAGAAGGAAUGCAGAAUUCAUUGAAACAGCCCUCUGGAAACAUUUCUGGUCAACAGGCAAAGGAGAAGUGGGAAAAGGGUCACAAAGAAGCAACAAUGGAGCUUCUCAAAGUGAAAGACAGAGCUAUAGAACUGGAAAGGAAUAAUGCAGCCUUGCAUGCGGAAAAGCAGCUUAUCAAGGAACAGCUGAGACAUUUGGAAACUCAGAACACCUCCUUCAACAAUCAGAUCUUGACACUACAGAAGCAAAAUGUAUUUCUUCAAGAGCACAACACUGCAAUGCAAACACAAACAGCCAAGCUUCAGGUAGAGAAUUCUACUUUAAAUUCUCAGAGUGCCUCCUUGAUGGCCCAGAACACUCUGCUCCAGAACCAGCAGCUGGCCAAAGAUAAUGAAUAUGAACAUCUAAUGAAGCAAAAAGAACAGCUUAAAUCAGAGUAUGAAUCCCUACUUCAAGACCAUGAACAUCUGGCUUCAUUGCAUGAGCGGCAGUCAACAGAAUAUGAGAUGCUGAUAAAACAGCACAGUUGCCUGAAAACAUUGCAUAAAAAUCUUGACCAGGAGCACAAAGAUCUGGGAGAACGAUAUAAUAGCUUGGUGCAGCACAAAGCCAAACUAGAAGAGCUGGAGAUGGAUUUAAAAGCGGAAAAAGAUGUUCUUCAGCAGGAGAAGAGAGCAAGCAUUAUAGUGACAGCAGAGAACCAGAAGCUGAGAGAAGAAGUAGAAAGGGUGAAUUUUUUACACAACAAGCUCAAGGCAGAAUACGAAGGACUUCAUUCCCAUACUAAGGAGUUGAAAACUUCCUUGAAUAACUCACAGCUAGAACUGAACCGUUGGCAAGCUCGCUAUGAUGAACUGAAGGAACAGCACCAGGCCAUGGAUAUUUCUUUGACCAAGCUGGACAACCACUGUGAGCUGCUUGCUCGACUGAAAGGAAACUUGGAGGAAGAGAAUCACCACCUCCUAAGUCAGAUCCAGAUGUUGAGUCAGCAGAACCAAAUGUUACUGGAGCAGAAUAUGGAGAACAAGGAACAAUAUCAUGAGGAACAGAAGCAAUAUAUUGAUAAGCUAAAUGCCUUAAGGAGACACAAAGAAAAACUGGAGGAGAAAAUAAUGGAUCAGUAUAAGUUUUAUGAUCCAGCUCCAAAAAAGAAAAACCAUUGGAUCGGAGCCAAAGCCUUGGUUAAACUUAUAAAACCAAAGAAAGAGACUACGAGAGAGAGGUUGAAAUCUUCAGCAGAGAGCCCUCCGUGGCACUCUGACAGCACAGAGACAGCAGGAUCUCCCCCUCCUACACAGCUUCCCAAGCAGGAGAGCCUGGAGAACACAUCUGUAGAUUCCAGCUCCAUGGAAGAGAGAGAACAAAACAGUGGACCUAUGAGCAAAGAUUCAAAGCAGAAGAGAAUUUCUCAUUAUGGAGGCAGCAGCGACCACGUUGGAAAUGCAGUAGACUCUACUAUCAAGCAGUGUUAUGUGGAGCCAAGUUCCAGGACUUACUCUGCUUCAUCCACUUACUUGGCUGUUUCAACUUCUACUCCCACAUCUAGGCUACAAAACAGACCCAAAGGCUAUAAUUCGGAUGGUGAUCUGUGUGAAAAUUUUCCCGAGGGAGAGCUUUCAAACAAGCAACACAAAUCCAGACCCAACAGUUUAGAGAAUAGUGAAAAUGUAUCCACUGGAAGCUCACCUCGAAACUUGAAAGGGUCAUUUGACUGCGGUCAUGGCAGAUCAGAGAGUCUCAGCAGUGAAGAUAUGGCACUGAGUAAAGACACACCUGGCUCUUCUAGGGACAGUCCAUUUUACCCCAUCUCCUCACCUGCUGUGGGGUCCAACACUAAGCAUAAUGCUUCCCAUAGCAGGAAUGGCUGCUUGUCAUAUGAUAUACCUCAGAAAAGUAACCAAGUCCAGGCACGUUCUGUUAGGCACCGACCUGGCUCUCCAGGCAGUGAGAUGGUCACCUUGGAAGAAUUCCUUGAAGAAAGCAACAGGCUGUCUCCAGCAAACGAGACAACCAGUAAAGAUGACUUGCUGAGUGAUUAUUUUAAAAAAGCAAAUGAACGCCUGCCUGUUGGAAAUCAGUUUUCACAUGCAAAUAGGAAGGAGACAACGAAGACGCCUACCAGCUAUGUCUCCCCAACUGUUAAGAUGCCUGGUGCUGAUGAAGAUGGGAGGCCAACUAGGCCUGGCCACUAUGUCAAACCAAACCUCAGGCCAGCCGAACCAGAGCUUUUGGCGAACUCCACAGGCUCCUACAAGCUUCCUCAUGCAGCUCACACUCAACCCAGCAGGAUCCCCAGGCAUGGACCUCAGCCCCAGCAGUGCAGUGCCACAAGCAGGCAAGGCACAUCUCUCAACCGUACUUUCAGCUUGGCUUCUGCAGACCUCCUCAGAGCCUCUGGCCCAGAAGUAUACAGGCGCUAUGACAGCCUGCCAAAAGCUUCCACAGCAGACAUCCAAAUGAGGAAGGACUCAGAGAGCCAGGCUCCUCAAGUCCCUUUGGCGCCUGCCUCUCAGGUAACUUUGAGAGAGCGACCACAGUCUGCAAAAGUGGUGGGUUCAUUGCAAAACGUUGACUCUCGAUGUCGACAGCUGGAUGUGAGGAGGCUCUCUCUAGCACCUCCAAAAGAUGAGAAGUCACUCUUGUUGUCUCCAUUUUCUUACUCUCCUACCAGUUCUAAGGACGAUCUGAAUUGUCAGCCGCAGGAACGAGCAAGGACAGGGUUAGAAUCUCACUGUCCUCCUCAAUACACUACUUCCAAAAUCAAAACCAAACCGGCAUUGCGGUCUGGGGAAGUAGCCACAGUGACUCCAGUCAGAGCUGUCUCCAGCAGUACAGAGGUGGGUAGUCUCCAAGUGCCAGGCCCAAGUGAUGCCUCCCUUGUCAAAGGCCAGAGCCGAUCUCCAGAAAAUCACAUUCCAACAGGAGUCACUGAUGAAGCAAACAAAGGAGUCAAUUGCAAGAACCCUCCAGCAUCACCUGACUCUCAAGGUGAUCAGCAGACUGUCUGGUAUGAAUAUGGCUGUGUGUGAUGCUUUCGCCUCAUCUCCUGUGACCAAUCACCAAGGGAUAUGUGUAUAUAUGUGCUCCACUACUGAAAAUAGGAAGUAACAGUAUCUCUAAACACACAGCCCAUCUGCUUAUUGUCUUGCCUGUCUUCUAGAUGCUUACCAUACACCUGAAAGACUGAAUUGCCAAACAUGGCUUCUUCUACUCCUGGAACACCUCGUGAAUAGCCUGAACAUGUCAUCUUCUUGUACUCUCCCAGGCUCAAGAAUUAAGCCGAACACUUGAACAUAUGGGAUGCACACCAUUGUAUCUUAUUUCGAUUCUGCCUUUCUUCAUUGACUUGAAAACUCUAUGUAUGUUUACUGGAUUCAAGCCUUAUUGAAACACUACUCAGUGCAGCAAAAACUCCUUUUACUUUAAAAUACUAUAUUCUUUUUACUUGUCUAUAAGUCUGUCCUUGGGUCUGCUUAAGGCACCUGCUGCUCAUGUGCAGGAUAACUCAAAAGUAAAGCAGGGUUUGGUAACUGGGUGCCCCUCUAGAUGUUGUUGGACAGCAGCUGCCAUCAACUCUUGUCAGUGCAUCUAUCUAGUAGUGAGGGAUGAUGGAGUUAGAGCCUAGUAACAUCUUGAGGUCAGCAUAUUUCCUAUUCCUGGCUUCCAAUUCAGCCCCUCAUUAUGGUAAACAAGGCCUCUUAAAUGUCCUGGAUUUCCCCCUUUUUUUGUUGCUCCCAUACUGGUGUAGAAGAGGUGCUGCCUUUUUAUCUGUGCUUUCCUCAAACACUGGAACUAUUGCACCCUUGUAGUCAAGGUCUCCUUUAAAUGCACUAUAUUGGCGUGUUUACUACUGUGUAGUUAAAAUCACAUUACAUGUGAUUUUGUUGGGUGCCUAGAAAAUACCAUCAUUCUGCUCACCUCCUAAUGUAGAAAGUGUGUUUGUGGACCGUUGUUGUGUAUCUUAAAUGAUACACAGCAAAUUCCUUGAAUGAUCUCCAUGGUUGCUGCAAUCCUCACACUACUUUGUCCGACUGGAAUGAAUCUCACUGUAAAAUUGAGGAUUUCAAGUCCUAGCUUCUGGCUCAAGUCAGUUUGAUGUAUGUACAAACCAAAAUGCAUUUAUAUGCACAUAAAAGGAAAAACUUUUUUAUUGAAUCAUAUUUAUGCCCAGUGAAGUCUUUUUCUAUUUCAUGGGUUUAAUUGACUGCAUAUACAUACAUAUAUAUAUAUAUAAAUAUAUCUAUUGUGUGUAUGUCUGUUUCUAUGUUUUUGGCUGUAAAUAUGCUUUUUUUACUUGUGGCAGAUUAAUGGAAUUGUAAGAUUUCUUGGUUUGGUGAUUUAUUUUAGUGAGGCACAAUGCAAUCUGUAACUAUUUCACCCAACUUGUGGCAAGUGUGUGUGUGUGUGUGUAUGAGUGAGAUAGUAGGAAUUACAUUGUGAAAAGAGCAAGAUGGUCUUUAAUAAAGGCUUUUUAAAAUA